AUGUCGUUGCCCGACGAGACACUCAGAAAGAUCUUGGUUCAAAUCCAACAAACGGCCGUUCAAUCUCAGAGAGCCCACUCCCUCUCUGUACAACAAUCCAGUGCCAAAGAACGAGAGCGGCGAAUUCUUCAACUCACGAUCGACGAAAUAACGGGCAUCAAGGGCGAUGUGAACCUGUACAGAGGAGUGGGGAAGAUGUUCAUGGGUGUUCCUAGGAAAGAGAUGGAGAACGAGUUGAAGAGUCAGGAGAAGGAGCUGACAGACGAUAUCGCCAGCCUGGCGAAAAAGUCCAAAUACCUGGAGAAGCAGUUCAACGACGCUCAAGCACAACUACGAGAUAUUUUCCACCACGCCCCACGAGCUUCGUGA